AUGAUCAUAUUCGAUUCAUAAAUGAAGCAAAAUGAAAAUAUCGAAGAUGAGUCUGAAGAUAAAUAAUUAUAUGUACCAUUAUUUCCUAUGAGAAAGAAACCGUCCAUAGGAUCUAGUUAAAUCUCUUCGUAAUCCACAUCAUAAUCAACUUAAAUGCUUACGUAAUAUAGAAGCAUGUAGGAUUCAAAUGAGAAAAGAGAAUUAGAAGCUACAAUAAUCAAAGAACUCAUGAAAGAUAAGCGAUCCAAUCAAUUUUAUGCGGUUCGAGAAAAUUGGAUCUCGUAAUAUAAAUAAUAUUUAUAUCAAAAUGGAGAAAGACCAGUUAAUGAGGCCGUGUGGAUAUUUUUUAAGCAAGAAUAUAAAGCUCAACCAGAUAUAAUUUGUAAAUAAAAACAUUCAAGAUCUAAUGAUAAAAGGUCUAAGACUGUUGAGCCUUAGAUAAAUCGAUAGUCUGUUUCUACUACUUAAUCUAAUUACGAAUUGCCUCUUAUUGGAAUGAAAAAUGAUUCCUACUUUUGCUAUAUGCACUCAGGGUUACAAUCACUAUUAAGCAUAGCAGAUCUUAAUUAUUUUAUUAUCAAAUACAUUCAAAGAAUACCUAAAGAAAAAAAAAGAGCGAACAUAGUAUAAUAUACUAGUGCUUAUUUCGAUCUUAUUGAUUAAAUUAAAGCAAGCACCAUACCGGUUAAAAUUAAUGCUCUAAAAACCCUAAUAAUUAAUUAAUUUCAUCCUAAGAAUUAACAUGAUUGUCAUGAAUUCUUGCUUUAUUUGUUAGGACACAUAGAAGAUGAAAUUUUGAAUUUCAAUAAGGAUACAAAAUCAAAUUAUAUUAAUUUUAUAGAUUAAAUCUUUAAAGGAAAACUUUAGACUGGUAUUUUAUGUCAACUUUGUAACUAUAAGGUCAAACAAAUUGAGCCAUUUUUAACUUUGUCUUUAGCUAUCUCUUAAUCUAAAACCCUUGAACAAUGCCUUGAAGAAUUUCUCAAAGAAGAAACUCUAAGAGACUACAAAUGUACCAAAUGUUAAUCCUCCUGUAUUAAAAGCCUUUAAAUCAUUUCUAUCCCAUAAAUACUUGUAUUGCACCUCAAAAGAUUUUAAUUCUUACCUUAAUGCCAUAAAAACAAUAAAACUAUAACAUAUCCCAUGGAUACUCUAAAAUUUGGAAAUUAAACUUAUAGAUUAAGAGCAGUUAUCGUUCACACCGGCAAUUUAUAAUCAGGCCAUUACUUCACAUUUGCAAAAAGAUAUCAUUAAUGGUUCCUAUUUAAUGAUGAAACUGUUAAAGCAGCCUCAAAAAAGUAAGUGCUUAUGCAAUCUGCAUAUAUACUCUUUUACUAAAUUAAUGAAAAUCCAUGA